AUGAGCCGAGCUAACGCUGAAAGAUUAGAAAUGGCUGAUAGUUUUGCAAGGAAGAUUAAGGAAGAAGAAGAUUCAAAGGAUGUUGCCGAGAAAGAGAAGAAUCUUAUCACUCAAGGUGAGGAUAAUAGUGGAAGAAGAGGUGGUGGUGUUUCAAUAGGAACCAGGUCCAAGCGAAAGCCAACCGGUGACGACAACGACAGACCAAUCAAAAGAGGCGGAGGUCGCAGCGGGGAUCGCGGUGGCAGAAGCACUAGCGGUGAUCGCGGUGGUAGAAGCUCUGGUGGCGAUCGUGGUGGCCGAAGUGGUGGAACUGGUCGUGGUGGCCGUUCUCUUCCUUUUUUUCGCAACCUGCUGACUGGUGAAGAAAUGAGCGGUGAAGGAUUCAACUACCCAAUCGACCCACUCAUAAAAAGAGAAGAACUAUAA